ACUUGGGGAAAGCAGCCAGCGAACGGCAGGAGUCCUUAAGCCUAUUUUGAAGUCCCCAUCUCCUAACCAGACGCCUCCCAGCACCUCGGUGCAAAGCAGCGUGGCGAGCGCCACCCGUCUGCGCGCUGCGUGGGAAGGGGAGGGCUGACACCACUUCCUCCCCGAGGCGCGGACCUCGAGCCUGGGUGCCGCCGACUUCAGAGCCGAGGGCGACCUCGCUGCGUGCCCCGCCGCCUGCCCCCAGCUGCCCAGCCCGUUGGGCGCUCCCGCCGCCGCCUCUCCGCGCGUCCCAGCAGAGCCGUCGAGAUGGGUGAGUCAAACGACGACAUAGACCAAAUGUUCAGCACUUUGCUGGGAGAAAUGGAUCUUCUAACCCAGAGUUUAGGAGUGGACACUCUUCCUCCUCCGGACCCUAAACCACCUACAGCUGAAUUUAACUACAGUGUGGGUUUUAAAGAUUUAAAUGAGUCUUUAAAUGCACUGGAAGACCAAGAUUUAGAUGCCCUCAUGGCAGAUCUGGUAGCAGACAUAAGUGAAGCUGAGCAGAGAACAAUCCAAGCACAGAAAGAAUCCUCUCAAAGGCAUCAGGAUUCAGCAGCUGCAGAGGUGUCAAAUUAUAGUGGUGCAGCCUCUCUGGGAUAUGGAGCAAAUGUUGCUGCAACUGGUUUUAGCCAAUAUGAGGAUAAUUUACCACCUCCAUCUGCUGAUCCUGUGUUAGACCUUCCACCACCUCCACCACCUCCCGAACCUCUCUCUCAGGAAGAAAGAGAAGCCCAAGCCAAAGCUGAUAAAAUUAAACUGGCAUUGGAAAAACUGAAGGAGGCCAAGGUUAAAAAGUUAGUGGUCAAGGUGCACAUGAAUGAUAACAGCACAAAGUCACUGAUGGUGGAUGAGCGACAGUUGGCCCGAGAUGUUCUGGACAAUCUUUUUGAAAAAACUCAUUGUGACUGCAAUGUGGAUUGGUGUCUUUAUGAAAUAUACCCAGAAUUACAAAUUGAGAGGUUGUUUGAAGAUCACGAAAAUGUUGUUGAAGUCUUAUCAGACUGGACAAGAGACACAGAAAAUAAAGUGCUAUUUUUGGAGAAAGAAGAAAAAUAUGCUGUAUUUAAAAAUCCCCAGAAUUUCUACUUGGAUAACAAAGGGAAAAAAGAAAGCAAGGACUCCAAUGAUAAAAUGAAUGCUAAGAACAAGGAAUCCUUACUGGAGGAAAGUUUCUGUGGAACAUCUAUCAUUGUACCAGAACUUGAAGGAGCUCUUUAUUUGAAAGAAGAUGGAAAGAAAUCCUGGAAAAGACGAUAUUUUCUUUUACGGGCUUCUGGAAUUUAUUAUGUCCCCAAAGGAAAGACUAAGACAUCUCGAGAUCUGGCAUGUUUUAUACAGUUUGAAAACGUCAACAUUUACUAUGGGAUUCAUUGUAAAAUGAAAUAUAAAGCACCCACUGACUACUGCUUUGUUUUAAAGCACCCCCAAAUUCAGAAGGAGUCUCAGUAUAUCAAGUAUCUUUGCUGUGAUGACGCCAGAACUCUCAACCAGUGGGUCAUGGGAAUAAGGAUCGCCAAGUAUGGAAAGACUCUCUAUGAUAACUAUCAGCGGGCUGUGGCAAGGGCUGGACUUGCCUCUCGGUGGACAAACCUGGGGACUGUCAACCCAGCUACACCAGAUCAGCCUUCCACAGGACUUAAAACUGGCACUGCCCAGCCCAAUGGUCAGAUACCCCAGUCUGCACCUUCUGUCAAGAUUGUUCUGGAAGAGGCCCAGAGAAAUGUUGAAACAACAAAGGUAAGACUAGAGAGGAACUAACACAAAUCAAACUGGAAUGUAUA